GACGAGAAGAUUGAUCGCAAAGAGUUGCCUUGUGCUCAUUUCCACUUCUCUCACUCUUCAUUAUUGCUCCAAUUAGUCACUCAUUGGGAACCCUAGAGGGAACAUUAGAUACCAGCAACCCCUUGGGACUAACAUCAAGGGGCGGCUCUCAGUAGAGACCCUUUGUCACAAACUUAGAAUGGUGUGAGAGAAAGAAAGCCACUCAAACAAGUGGAUCAAGCAGUAGUUUCUGCGGAGAGAGGGGACAAGAAGUUGCUGCUUUUGCUGCUGAGGGAGAAAUAAUCACAAUGUUGCCUUGUCAUGAAUUAUUAAGCAGCUCCCGGCUUCUUUUGGCACUGGUCUAAAUGCUGCAUUUCUAUCCAUGGGUCUGAAGCGGAGAGCAAGGGUGUUUUUUUGACAGCUGUAUUACUGCUGAUAAGCAAGACUCAGCUAGCUGAUCAAGUAGUGAGACAAGGAGCUCGCGCAGGCACUGCAAGCAGCAGCACAGUUCUCUUUUUUUCUUCUUGUAGUUGGGAUCUGUUUAGAAGACAAAAGGUAAGGGGAGAAAAAAAAGCAAGGUUGAUAGCUGUUAUCAAAGUAACCAGACGCAGACCUGGCUGCCCACAUGCCGAUCGAAUUUGUUUGCAAAAUUAAAUUUGCAGAGGAGGAUGAGAAGCAGAAGGGAAAGCAGGAAGGGGACAAGGAGAGCCUGAUUGAGGAGACCUGUACACCUCCAACCAAGGACCUGGCUGGCUUUGCCAACUCCUGCACCCUUCACGGGAUUAAUCAUAUCUUUGUUUCAGGGCGGCUAGGCAUCAAGCAGACCCUUUGGGCGCUGACCUUUGUGGCGUCUCUAGCAUUGUUUAUGUACCAGGCAGCUAAGUGUGCCAUGUUUUACUUGGAGCACCCCCACGUAACGGCACUGGAUGAGGAGGCUAGCCGGGAGAUGGUCUUCCCUGCCGUGACCAUCUGUAACAUCAACCGCUUUCGCUUUUCUGCACUCACCGACGCUGACAUUUACCACCUAACUAACUUGACUGGACUACCCCCAAAGAACAAGGAUGGGCACAAAGCCACAGAUUUGGUGUACCCUGACCCCAACAUGGAAGACAUCUUUAACAGGACAGGGCACCAGAUGGAGGACAUGCUGAAGAGCUGUAAUUUUAGCGGGGAGAACUGCUCUCCCAAAGACUUUUCAGUGGUGUACACAAGAUAUGGGAAAUGUUACACUUUCAAUGCAAACAAAUCAUUAUCAUCAAAGAAAGCAAAGCAAGGUGGUAUGGGGAAUGGCCUUGAGAUAAUGCUGGACAUUCAACAAGAAGAAUACCUGCCCAUCUGGAGAGAAACAAAUGAAACAUCAUUAGAAGCAGGGAUCCGAGUUCAGAUUCACAGUCAAGAUGAACCUCCUUACAUCCAUCAACUCGGGUUUGGGGUCUCACCAGGAUUUCAGACAUUUGUUUCAUGUCAGGAACAAAGGCUGACAUACCUGCCUGAGCCCUGGGGAAAGUGCCGCCCCACUGCAGAGCCAACCAUUCCCGGGUAUAACUACAGCAUCAGCGCCUGCCGUCUCAAGUGUGAGAAAGAGGAAGUGUACAGAAAAUGCAGCUGCAGGAUGGUUCAUGUGCCAGGUGAUGAAAAAAUCUGCUCUCCCCAUGAUUACACAGAAUGUGUUGACAAUGCACUAACUGAAAUUAUAAAGAACACUGAAGAGUCCAGUACUUGCACUUGUGAAACUCCAUGUGACUUGACCCGUUACGGGAAGGAACUUUCAAUGGUAAAAAUCCCCAGCAAAGGAUCUGCUCGCUACUUAUCAAAAAAAUACAAGCACUCUGAGGAGUACAUCAGAGACAAUUUUCUGGUUUUGGAUAUUUUCUUUGAAGCCCUUAAUUAUGAAACAAUUGAACAAAAGAAAGCAUAUGAUGUGGCAGGCUUGCUGGGUGACAUUGGAGGUCAAAUGGGAUUGUUUAUUGGGGCGAGCAUUCUUACAAUUUUGGAAAUACUGGAUUACAUCUUUGAGGUGGCUAGAGAUAAGUUUCACCGGCUUGUAAAACCACGGAAAGAUCCCACCAAGGAGCAGUCUGACAGUGUAGUAACACUGGGGUUGGAUAACAUGAAACGCCCAGAUUCUUGUGAGACACAGAGGAGUCACCCAGGAGGAGAGUACUCUGGCACUAUACUCCCUAACCACCAUCACCACCACUCUCACCGUGGGGUUUUUGAGGAUUUUGCCUGCUGAAACAGCAGGAAUUAUGGCCUCAUCAAGCACUGUUUUCAUGCUGGAAUUGGGCCUUAUUAGAAGCCUUUGGACUUAAGAUAUCAGCUCUACCUUUUUGCUGUCAUGAGUGAAAGCUACAGCCAAAGUCUAGCACCAAGCUUGUGCUGCAAACAGACCUCUUUUACAAAGGCACAGAUUGGAUUACACCAAGUGAUCCUACUGAAGAUAUCUACCUUUUUUGAAAAAUAAUGUAUUAGUUAUUUUACCAUUUCGAUACCAUAAAUAUUGUUAUGGUCAGCAUUGAGUAAGACAGGGUGUACUUUAUCAAGGAACAGUCUGUACUUGAAAUGACGACCUAUGAAUAUUUAUGCAGACAGUGGUUGUUGUAAUUUAUUCUUUGCAUAUUUAUGGAAUUUUUUGUACUUUUUAUUAUUUAGUAAUUUAAGUACUUUAAUUGAUUUUUGUAGAGGUUCAUGUAAAGUAUAUACUGCCCAUGUGCAUUGUUCAGAUGGAGAGGGAAAGUAAAAUACUUGCUUUGAGAGUCAUAAUGCUGACACUCACAAAGAAAGCUGUUUGUGGACUACACAAAGCUAUGGAGAUAAGAAUGAAAUGUUCUGCUUUCUUAAUUAAUCAAAGCAUUGAAAUACUUUGUUUUUAUUUUAGCAUAAUCGGAUAUAAAAAGAAAAAAAUAUAUAGGUAUUGCAUUAUUUUAUAUUUCGUAAUGCUAUUUAUAAAUAGGAAAAUACACAUUUUAAAAAUGUAUUUCAGUCACUUGGAAGGCUUACAUAUUAUCUGUUGAAAAAUGUUUCACAUCUGAUUGAUCUGCCCACGAAAAAAAUAAAUAAAAUCCAUGCAGAUCAUUAAUGAAAUCUACAAAUUGCAGUUAGUUUGAAUGGAACAGGUGAUUUACAAGAAGGGCCAAAAGGUAGCAGCAUGGGGCUUAUUGCUUUUAUUGCAUUGUAGAAGGAUAGUGUCAGAAAUAAGAGUCAGAGUCAGGAAAAGCUGCAGUUUAAGCAUGUAUGUGCACGUUUAAUUGACAAACACAAAACCAAGGAACAAACAAAUUGUGGCACAAGGGCCAAAAUAAAGAUUCAAGCAAACAUAGGCUUGCCAUUCACCUUCGCUGCUCAGUUACACACAUAAUUCCACAUGCCUAACUGCCUUCUCCUUCGCAAAGCACUUCUCUCUUAUACAGGUGGCCAUUCUCCAGUUAGCACUCAAUUACCUAAUUGGGGAAUGGCCACACCUGUGAUUGUUGGCAGGGACAGAAUUAACCCCGUCCCUGCCAACCUAACUUUCCCGUACACACUAUUUACACAAGCAGGGCUUUUGCCUUGCCACACAGUCAGUUUUCAAAUUGUUGUUCAAAUAUGCCUCAGUGUGCCUGAGACAUGAGUUUUGAAAACUUUCUAACAUUGUAGGUAUUACAAAUUAUCCUUUGGAAGAAUAUAGGGAAUUACAGUGAUGUACGACUUUUGGGUCAAUCUGUAUAAAGAUGAGCCAGUUAAAUGUAUUUGAUUUAGGCCCUUCCAAAGUCCUAUUUUAUUAAGAGAAAAUGUAUAAAUAAAACUAUAUGGAUGAAUAAAUGGGUGAAAGGGCAGUGAAUUGAAUUAUGACAUUCUAUUUUAACCCAUCCUUCAUGUGAGGAUUAGGGGUAGCAUCCAACAGAUACAUGCAAAAAACAGAAGCCUAUUGUUGAUUUUAGUAGUUUCACUCUUUCAGUAAAGUAGACUGGCAGUCUGAACAAGUUCUCUGUGCAUACCAAUUCAGAUUUACUGCCAGUGACAACUAUUUAUACAAAUCUUUGUUGGAAGCAGGUCACACAAUAAUCAAGGGUAAAUGGAAUAGUAAUUUUUCCAGCCUCAUUUUUCCAGUGUUAUUUUAAUCAAUUUGGCAUGAGUUACGUAUUUUUAUCAUCCUUAUUUGUUUAGUAGAUGGCAGGUUAAAUGAGAAAUCAGUAUAUAUAUCUGUAGAUCAUUAUAAACAAACAUAGCAUGUUUAUCAUCAUAUACACUGCAUUUUAACAUUUAGAAAGCAUAUAUGUGAAAGUAAUCUUUUAAAAGGUUCUCUAUCAUACGUAAGUCUAUAAUGGCACAAUAUAUUGUCUAUGCAUAUUUAAGUAAUCUCAUCAGAAUAUAAUCAUAUCUUUCUUUCAGAACAUGAAAUACUAAGGUGGACAUAAUGAAAACUAGAUGAAAAAUAACGUGAUUUCUGUUGGGUAAUUGCCACCUUCCUUUUGGAAAGACCUUUGGUCUGUCCUCUACGAUUCAGCAGUUAACCAAUUGCUGUAUAAAAAUAGAUUUUUCAGAGAAGGUAUACAUUUAUUGUGCACCAUAAUUUCUUAAAAUACUUUAUAACACCAACAUCACUGCCUAGGUACAAAAUUGGUUUACACAUCCGAACUAGUCAUUAAUACUUUUAGUGAUUUAAACUGUUCUUGAUUAUUGUGCAGAUUAUUUGAUAAAAUACAGUUAUUGAACCGUAAUCAUAUUUCUAGGACAGUAGCUCAAUGGUGUAGAAUGUGUAUGUGUUUUUCUUCUGUUCUUGGUUAAAAGUGUAUUUAUUUAUUUAUGAAUUUGUGAAUUCUAUGGUUGUUCACUCAUUUUUGUGCUGCUUUGUUUAUAGGUUGUGAUCCCUACAGUUUAAGAUAUUGCACAAAUUGUAUUAUCCAUCAACUAUCUGUGCAUUUUUGUCAAUCUUUUUAUGUACUUGUGUAUUUUAAUUUACAUGAUGUGUUAGAAAGUACAAUAACAAGAUUGAAAUGGUGGUAGCUAACAAAAUAAUGCCAUUCUUCAUACUUGUUGUGCACUUGUAAUCAGUGGCUAGGCUUUGAAAGAAACAGAUACUACUAAUAAUAUUAUAUACACUUUAAACUAAAAGAUCUUCAAAAGAAGGGGGCGCACUGAUAAUAAUGCUGGUGCAAUUAAGAGGCAAGAAGGUCUGUUUAGCACACCUUCAACCUAGUACAUACCAGAUAUAUUCUUUUAAAAUAUAAAUGUGUGCUUUUUAAAACUGCACAUGUGAGGCCUAUGUAGUAGCUAAUGAAAGUGCAUGACAGGUAAGAUUUAUGGAGUUAUUUAAUUCGCUAGAAACACUUUAAGCAAGAAACUGUAACAUAGCAGAGAUAUUUGUGGGGGUACACAGGGAGUUACUGUGAAGGCUGAAAUAAAGAAUUACUGAAAUUACAUCUUUUAAACAGAAAACAAAAUCACAAACAUCUAAUGAGAGAAAAACCAUGGAAUGGAAAUUGCAGGAGAAGUUAAUUCUGUACAGGAGUCUACUGUUAUUUAUUAGUUAAACACGUUUUAUAAAUGUAAUGGCAAUUAAAAAAUAAAUAAAUAAACAAACAAAUAAAAAAAAUCUGAAUUUGUAUAACUGAACAUUUAUAUGUCCAAUAUGUGAUGUGUUAAACAGUUACACGUAAAAAAGAAAUA